AUGAGGAGGUUUUACUACGGUCCGUCGGCAGGAAUCAGCACCGACACUUUAAGCCAUACUCAAGUGCGCAGCUAUGAGGAAGACGAUUUGGAUGAUUCGGAAAGCCUCCGGUUAUUUUCAGUAGAGGCUAAAAUCCGUCCCAAGCCUCUUGGUCUUUAUGUCAGGAUGCAGGAUAUAAUGAUGCCACUGGCAGAGGUCGAUAGUUGGGAAGAAUUACAUCGCCUAAACGAUAAAUACCGGCAUAAAGGCCUGUCUUCUAUUGAAUCGCUCCUAAUCUGUCAGCAUAUGCGAGUUUCCAAGGUUAUUCGCCCUUGGGUGGAUUUAAAUGUUCUGCCAGGAGACCAGACCGUGAAUAAGCCUGAGAUCUGGUCUUCUGAAAAUCGAUGUGACAUAUGCAAUGUGGACUACCAUGUAAAGGCAUGUGUGAUUGAUUCUCAUCCUACCUACAUAGUGACAAGAUGUUUGAACCUGGGUCUUGGUCUUACAAUGGAUGAUCCAUCAUGGAAGCUCCAAACUUGUCCCGACUGGAAAACCGACACAGAGCCUCUUAACACAGAGGGAAAUAUUUCACCUCGCUUGUGUUUUGAAACAACGGGCUGUCCAUCAUUGGAAGACUGA